AUGAACCCCAGGACUGGUGAAAGAACGCACGCCCGUAACUCGUACUACGAUCCCAUCAUGAGCCGGUCGAACUUGAAGGUCAUACUGGAGUCUCUCGCGACUGAACUCGUGUUCGACGGCAACAAAACCCUCACGGCGAAGGGCGUAAAGAUCACCGACAAGAAGACUGGCUCAACAAAGACCUAUUAUGCGAAGCAAGAGGUCAUUUUAGCUGCGGGUGCCGUAAACACACCAAAGCUUCUCCAGAACAGCGGCAUCGGACCAAAAGCCGCACUCGAGGCUGCUGGCAUCACCGUAAAGUUUGAACAUGACGGCGUGGGUUCGAAUUUCCAAGACCAUCCGUAUACUGGCGUUGGGUGGAAUGUCACCGGUGGCAGCACCCCGAACGGGUUUUCCUUGACCACAGACCCGGCGUAUAAUGCUUCAGCGUGGGAAGAGUACCGUGCCAACAAAACUGGACCGCUGACUCAGGCUCGUGGCAACAGUCUAGCCAUGAUGCCGCUUCCGGUAGUGGAUCCCGAAAACUACGACAGUAUCGCGGAACGGGUGCUUGCCCAGGAGAAUGACGCGCAUUUGCCAUCGAUCUACAAGAACAAUGCGAAGCUGCUCAAGGGUGUAGCAGCACAGCGCAAAGUCCUCGCUGACAUCUUCCAAAACGAAAAGGCCGCCGUAGUAGAGUACCCUGUCCCAUCCUCAGGUGGCUACAUGCUCGUCGGCUUGGAGAAACCGGUUUCUCGUGGAACCAUCAUGAUCAACGCAACCAACCCUCAAGGACCACCACAGAUCUUCUACAAUGCACUCAGCAACCCCAUCGACAAAGCCGUCCUUGCUGCGUGCGUCCGUUAUAUCCGUAAGGUUUGGGCGGGCCCAGAACUGGCAAAGUACACCCCAGUCGAGACGACACCGGGAGCCCAGUACACGACUGAUGAUGAGAUCAUCAACAAGAUGAUUGAGCAGGGAAGCGUUUGGCCGACGCUUUCGCACCCUUCUGGCAGCUGUGCUAUGUUACCUGAGGAUAUGGGUGGUUGUGUGUCUGACGAGCUUCUCUUCUAUGGCGUCCAGAAACUGUCCAUCGUCGAUGCUUCCAUCCUCCCACUUAUUCCCUCCCAGCACAUCCAAUCGACGAUGUAUGCUGUCGGCGAGAAGGCUGCGAGCAUCAUCAAGAGCCGUGGCUGA